ACUCUAAAUGUACAUCAUAGCUUAACCAUUUCCAAGGUAUCUUUCUUGGUGAUUAUGAUGUUCGUGUUCCUGGUGGCGACAUGGACGGCCCUCUGGCCGUUGGUGGUAACUUCUACGGUCAAGACUUCCAGAUCAAUACAGAUGCUGACGAUAAGAUCUGUAGUCCUGAUGAAGACAAGAAGAACCCUUAUCAAGAUUAUGGUUUAGUUAUUGAUGGUAAUUCCAAUGCUAAGAACGUUUCCGUCAAGGGUAACACAUACCUUGCCAAAGGUGGCGUUGGUAUCACGGCUAAUCAUAUGCCCUGUACUGUUGAUCUCAAGGACAAUGGUGGUUUGGACUUUAGGAAGCUUAGUGAAAAUGCUAUGAAGGCCUCUGAUUUCUUGGCUAAACAAAACCCUAAUAUGGUGAUGGAUAAGGAUGGUAACUUGAAGCCUGUCAGUGGCAGUGAAAAUGCUCCCUUCACUUCCAUCAAGUUCGAUUCUUGUAAUACUGCUGGUAACUGUGGUGUCCCCUCUAACCAAGCCUCUAACCCUGAUAGUAUGAUUCGUGGUAAAAAUUACAACGGACCUAAAGGUGUUAUUCCUUCCGAUAAGCCUGUCAUAAUCAAUAUUCCUGUCACUACCGGCACUACUCUUACUUUGGAUGGUGCUGAUCCAGGUGCUGGCCUUCAAGGUUGUAAUGUCAUCUACCACGCUUAUCCUGUUGAUGAUAAGGGUAACUACUUGGCUAACGGUACCUUCUUGGUCAACCGAGAAACUGAAAAGUAUAUUCCCGGCCUCUUUUUUGCUCCUCGCGGCACUAUCUCAGAAAGCUCUAAGGGGGGUUUUGAAGGUCAAGUUAUUGCACAAGGCUACACUGCCAAUGGUCAAAAGGCUCCUGCUUUGAAGGGCUAUAGCGAUAAGGAAUGUAUGGCUAAGAGAGGCUGUUUCCCUUUUAAUAACAUUGCUGGUGGCGCUUCUGUUAACAGCACUGCUCAACCAAGCAGGUGUUCUAUCCCUCCUGCUGGUACCACUAAUAUCAACCUUCCUGGCUAUGGUUCGCCUGCCACUGCUCCCACUGCAACUGAUUGUGGUAACGGAGCAAUUGGUGCCCCCUCUGGACAACCCAUUCCUCCUAGUGAAACUACCCUUAACUUAGGCGAUCCUAGAGAAACCAACCCUGCUGGUCCUAACUUGGGUGGACCUAGAGGUGGUGGACCUGACUUUGGUGGACCUAAUAGAGGUGGUGGACCUAGUGGAGGUGGACCUGACUUCGGUGGACCUAACGGAGGUGGACCUGACAGAGGUGGACCUGACAGAGGUGGACCUGACAGAGGUGGUUCUAGAGGUGGUGGACACAGAGGUGGUUCUAGAGAAACUGGACAUGACCUCGAUGAUCCUAGAGAAACCAAUCCUGCUGGUGAAACUACCCUUAACUUAGGUUAUCCCGAGAAACCCUCUGAUGAUGAUGAUGAUGAUAAUGCCAAACCUUCUGUCACGGACUCGACCUCUCCUUCUGCUGAAACUCGUAUGCCUCUUCCUUUUGCUACCUCUUCUGAUGAAAAGCCUACCGCCACCACUUCACCACAUCGUAAAGGCAAGGAUAAGGAAAUCAACACCACGGCCACUACUGAACCUGAAUCAAGCAUUACUAUGACUAAGACCAAAAAGCCCAAGAAGAACAAACACAAGUCUACUACUACUGAUACUGCUAAAGAGGAACCUACUGAAACUGAAACUAGGGUAAAGUCCACAAAGACUGAAAAUAGCGAUGAAGACGCUACCCCUACUACUACUGAAGAAGCUGGAGAAGAAACUUCCAUUCCUUUUACCUCAACUACUACCAAGUUUAAGAAUGAUAAGAAGAAGAAGCACCAGAAGGGUGAUGACGAAGAAGAAACUUCUACUGAAUCUAAGGAUGAAGAUGAAGUAACCAAGACUAAGGAUAACUAUGAUGAAAAAGAAACCUCUACUAAAUCUAAGGGUGAAGAGGAAGUAACCAAGACUAAGGAUAACUAUGACGAAGAAGAAACCUCCUCAAAGCCUAAGAAGGAUAAGAAGAAGAAGCACGACAAGGAUGUAUGACGAAGAAGAAACCUCCUCAAAGCCUAAGAAGGAUAAGAAGAAGAAGCACGACAAGGAUGAUGACGAUAAGAAGCACGACAAGGAUGAUGACGAUGAAGAAACCUAUACUAAAUCUAAAGAUGAA